CUUCUUCUUCCAAAAUCUUAACCAUUUCAAAGUUGAUAAUGAUGAUGGGAAUAAUAAGCAUCCAGACGGUAAUGGAUCUGAUCGUCGCCGGUUUCUCUCUGAUGAUCGGAUUUGGAUUCUUUGCUCUCAUCGCCUCUGUCCUCUGCUCCGUUGCUUUCCUCCACCAUCUCAGAGCUUCUCCUUCCGAACCCUCCAUUUUAACUUCUCGCCGGAGAUAAUUCAGUCGAAAAAUGGUGGGGGAGACAAGAACUCGCACAAAGGCUUCUUUAGAUAUACUAUCACGAGAAAUGGUGUCUGAAAGAAUUAUUGAUUAAAGUUAGAUUGCUAGAACAUCUGGGGAACUGUAACUUGUGAUUUACGGA